AUGUCGGUCAUCCACCAUUUGCACAAUCAAAACAUCUUCAUUAAAAAGACUCAAAGCGAGACGUGCGUGUCUUCGAUAUUUGAGAUUUUGUUGAUGAAGUAUCGGGGGUGUCGAGGUAAGGCACUUCAAGAGACGUACAUUAAAAUAAUUGUGAUGGAAUACACCGACAUUUUAGUGAAACUGUUACCGAGCGGAGAGUUGAAAAAAGGCUUCAAAAAGGUGUUACAACAAAGCACUGAAGAGAUCGACGAGUUCUUUUAUAAAUACGACCAAGACAUUCAAAGCGUGUUUUGGAAGGAUCUGAGGAUAUUCCACAUUUAA